CUGGACUCUCUUCUCUCUCUGCUAUCCACUCUUCAACCUACAGUCCGAUGAUCUCAAAAGCCCUUCUGACCGCCGUCCUGGUCUGCGGUGCGGUCGCCGCCGUGCUGCCGCGCGACACGACCAUCACCGUGCCAGAUGAGGUGGUGUACCACGCCGAGUCGGAGGAAAUCUGCAUCCCGACGAAAUGGAUCGACGUGGUGAUCUUCUUCUUCGGCAACUACUUUGCGCAUGCCGCCACGGUGGUCAAGUUCCCCGGCGAGCCGCACCACAUCAUCGCCCUCAACAUGCUCCUGGUCGUGCUCUUCCCCUGUCUGGGUGCCGGGCGCGGGCUGUUUGUCCUCUCGCGCCGGGCAGCGCUCUUUUCCAAGGACCCCCUGCAGCAGGCGCUCCAAGCCCAGGCCCUGUGUAUGGUGGUGCGCGCUCCGACAUGGACGCCUCGGGCUGGACAAUCGCUUCGCUCGCUGUCGCUGCGGCCAACGACUGUGCCGGGUACCGCCGAGAAGGAUGCUGACGAGUACUGGAGAAUUGCACACAGCGAAGAUCUCCCAGGGGAAUAUAAGAAGUUUGCAAGCUACUCCGGCCCCUUCCAGAUCCUCACCCGCACCCCGCCGUGGCUGCUGAUGAACUUUGAAUGGUCCACCAAGCACAUCCAGGUGCUGAAGGACUACCAGAUCUCCGGGGUCUGCGAGCUGCCCGACGGCUACGAGCUGGCCUAUGUCCCCGCCAACGCUCGAGUGGCCCGGGCGACCAUGACCCCGGAGCAGCUGCGGUGCCUCCUCGGCCCGUCGUACGAUCUGGCCGCCGCGGUGAUUGCCAUUGUGCAGAUUUUCUAUGCCUGCUACACCCUCUACCGGUCCCGGGGGUUUCAGAUCACCACCUACGGCUACGCGGCGUUCGGCUUCACCGUGCUGCCCUACCUGUUGAUGUCGCUGGUCAAUCUGCUCGGCACCCUCGCCACGCCGAGCUACGCGAAGCUCUCUCUCGUCCAGACGGAGAUCAUGGACGAGGCGAUCGCGCGUGGUGGGCGGUUCACAGACGUCGUGGGCACGCUGGCUAGCGAGCCCCUGCGCGUUGAGGAUCUGAUCGUCUUCACGGCGUCCUUCCAGCCACACGGAGGCGAGGUCUGGUGCCAGCUCGGCGAUCGAGUGUGCGAGUCGGGCAGUAUAGAGCCUCUCGACGGCACAGGCUUCCUCUCCGAGCCCGUCAAAAUGGACAAUCGCGAGCCGGAGACUCCUCCCUCGGCGCCUCUUCUCAACGACAAGGAACAGGAACGGCCCACCUUGAUCUGCCCGAGCUGCUACAGCUUCCAGACCGUCUCCAAAGCCGCCUCGUCCACCAGCAUCCGCCAUCGCAACAACCACUUUGGCCCGCGGUCCGCCCUCUUCGCCGCCGCGGUCUGGGUCACCGCCGCCCUCCCCCUGAUCCCGAUCGGCGUCCUCUCCCGCUUCCACAGCGGCGAGCACAGCACGCUCGCCCAGCGCGCCUGGAUCCUGGCAUGGUACAUUGUCGGGAUCAUCUCCGUCUCGAACCCGUUCUUCUCGGACUGGAUCGUCGAGAAGGGCAUGCGCGCCGCGAUCGAGAGGCUCACCGCGUUUAAAAAGAACAGGUCGUCCAGGGGAUUGGUUCUGCGCGUCUAUCUCCUCGCAGGCCUGUCGGUCUCUGUAGUCGGGUUCUUCCUCAUCUUUGGGACCCCUGCCAUCGGCCGUUUAGUUGUCGUCGCGCAGAUGUUGAUGGCGUACGGGAACUGCACGAGUUUAAAGGGAUGAUCUGAGCGCAGCUCUUGAACACUUAUAUAUACUCACUCAGCUGUGGAUUUAAACCUCAAUAUAGAUAUAUAUAUCUCCUGCAGCCA